AUGAAAGUUGAAAUUAGUUUCUUGGCAAUACUUUUUUUCGGUUGUACACUGAUUGAUGUACAGAGCAAGCAAGUCAACGAUGAUUGUAUGGUCGAUCCUGGAUUUAUUGACGAAUGUGUUCAAUGGAUCAAUGCAACCUGUGAGAAUGCAACAUUCGUGACAGAUAGACUCGCAUAUAUGGAUACGUGUCCUAUGUAUACUAUAUUUUGGAAUGCACCGUAUUACAAUCUCACGAUUCUAUUCGAUAGUCAUUUAUUAAAACCUUAUGAGCUCUGUGUUACACCUGUUAGAUGCACAAAAGCGUUUCGUACAAACGAAGAGGACCAAGAAAUAUCGGUUGAUUGGGAUUUAACAAGUUUAGAACCCGUCUGUUUUGGAACAAAACGCAUGGAUAGGCCAACAAUGAAAUUUCGCUUUGAUGCGCAACAUCAGACACGUUGUCGAAGAACAUUUAUUAAUUUUCACUACAUAGUGUAA